AAACUAGGUGAGGUUUUGGUUUGGUGUUUUAGCUCUGCUUCCUUCUGUGUUUUGGUGUGUUUUUUUUCUUGGGCGAUUUUUUCGAGAAAAAUCUUUGGUGGAGGGGAAGAUGGAGACGUCUCUGAGGUAUACGUGCAAUUCAAAGUCUUUGAAAAUCCAUGCGAAAGAGAAGCUCCAUGUGAACUCGAAAACCCAUUUGCAGCUUCAUGGAGAGCUAGAUACUGGAACUGGGGCUCCUAGCUACUUCUGUGCGAUGAUAAGACACUUAUUCCCCGAGGCUUCAACAGGGCUGGGAGUUGGAUUCCAUUAUGAUAAGCGCCAAAAGCUUCGGUGCCAUGUGCGCGGGAAAAAAGAGUUUCCCGUGAGAGAUGAUAAGACUGUCACCUUCAAUGUCAAAGGCCGGUGUGAUUUUGAUCAAGACUUCAAUCAGAGGAACCCUAUAGGAGCUGCAGAAUUUGCCUGGAACAUAAUGAAUUUUAAGGAAGAUCAGGAUGUGAGGAUCAAAGUUGGCUACGAAAUGUUUGAUAAGGUUCCUUAUAUGCAGAUUAGAGAAAACAAUUGGACUCUUAACGCCAACAUGAAGGGGAAAUGGAACUUGAGGUUUGACCUGUAAGGCUGUAACUGCAUUUAAUAUUUCGUCUGAGAAGUGUAUUAGUACUACUUACGGGAUAAGAGAGCACACUUUCAUUCAACCCGUUUAGUCAAAUUCAGAGAUCUUCCAAAUCAUCUCCUUUACUAUUGCAAGCAUGAGUGAACUUAAACACACAAAUGUUGCCAAGAUUAUGUAGGCAAAUGUGACUGUUCUAAUAUCUUAGAACUAUAGGUAUGUUUAUGUA